AUGCUAUCAAAUCCUAACGAUGGCUAGGUAAGAUCUGGAUCGUAAAAAUUGUCCUGCAAUCACCAGCUGCGUGGAACAGAAGAGAAAGUUAUGAAGAGGGAGUGUGGCCAUUAGCUCUAAAAUGGCAAGCAGUCGCAUAGAGUGCAUCUUCUUCAGUGAGUUUCACCCAACCUUGGGUCCCAAAAUAACUUACCAGGUACCUGAAGAGUACAUCUCCCGUGAACUCUUUGACACCGUCCAAGUCUACAUCAUUACGAAGCCUGAGCUUCAGAACAAGCUGAUUACAGUAACUGCCAUGGACAAGAAACUCAUUGGAUGCCCCGUCUGCAUUGAGCACAAGAAGUACAGCCGCAAUGCUCUGCUUUUCAACUUGGGCUUUGUGUGUGAUGCACAAGCCAAAACCUGCACCCUGGAACCCAUUGUCAAGAAACUAUCCAGAUACUUGACUACACUUGAGCUGGAGAGUGGAUUCAUUUCCAAUGAAGAUAGCAAAGCUAAACUGGUUCCCAUCAUGUCCAUUCUUUUAGAGGAGCUAAAUGCUAAGGGAGAGUGCACACUGCCUAUUGACGAGUCUAAUACAAUCCAUUUGAAGCUGAUUGAGCAGCGAAGGGAUCCCCAUAUUGUCCAGGAGUAUGAUGUGCCUGUAUUCACUGAAGACAAAGAGGAAUUUGUCAAGUUUCAGUGGGACCUCACCACACAGCAGAUCCUUCCAUACAUUGACGGAUUCAGGCAUAUUCAGAAGAUUUCAGCAGAAGCAGACGUAGAACUGAACUUGGUACGGAUAGCUGUGCAAAAUCUGCUAUACUAUGGGGUUGUGACUCUAGUGUCAAUAUUUCAGUAUUCCAAUGUCUACUGUCCUAUGCCAAAAGUUCAUAACCUGAUGGGUGACAAAACAUUGCAGGAAGAGUGUCUAGCAUAUGUCACAAAGACAGGUCAAAAGCGUGCUAGUCUACGGGAUGUAUUCCAGCUCUACUGUGGACUAAGCCCUGGCACAACUGUCAGAGACCUCUGCUGCAGAUACUCUCAGCAGCUGCAAAGAGUGGAUGAAAGGAAGCUGAUUCAGUUUGGACUGAUGAAGGGGCUGAUCCGCCGGUUACAGAAGUACCCAAUCAAGGUGGUCCAUGAUGAGAGGAGCCGCCCACCGCGACUUUAUACUGGUUGUCAUAGCUAUGAUGAGAUCUGCUGUAAGACGGGAAUGAGCUACCGAGAGUUGGAUGAACGAUUGGAAAAUGAUCCCAAUAUCAUUGUGUGCUGGAAAUGAGAAAUGCAUACAAAAGUGUGAAAAUGUUGCAAAAAUCCUGGUUCUCAUUUCCCUGAUAACAACAGACAACAAGAUGAUGGUAAAAUCUCAUUAAUACGGACCGUUCUAAGAAUCUUUGGAAACAACAUAUAGUGAGUGUACGGGGUUUGCUGCACAGCAACUUUAAUGGACUCGGGCAGAGAGGCAGUGGGUGUUUCACAUUUAGCUCCUUUUGACAAUUUGACAAUAACAAAUUCAGUUGGACGAUGACACUGUAUUUUUAGUGCACAUGGAGCUAAAUGCUAAGUAAAAAUAGUAGAUGCAAAAGUAUCUUCUUAAAACAGAUUCAGAAAAUUAAUGCAUCAUGUAAAAGGUUGCAAGUUGCUUAUCCUUUCAACAUAUGGGCAAGGAAUGAAGCAGCCGUGGAUGGGAUAAUGGUGUUCCAUUGCAGUGCACAAGUACACCCCCGUACAGUGAUAAUGGGGCAGUUUAGUCACCACUUACCUUAAAUGCAUGCCUUUUGAAGAAAUCAGAAUGUCAAAAGUGAACUGGUGUAUAUACAUAGGGGAAAUGUGCAGAUACCCCAAAAGCUCUGACCCAGGGUGUGGAAAUCAAGCCCAGUUUCCAGGAGAUGUGAAGCAGCAAUGUUAUUCACUGAGUCUGGCGUUUAUAGCAAGUUGGAGGCACUUCAUUCAGUGAACAGUCUUUACA